GGAGAAUCUCAACUCAUCAUCUUGCGCAUUCAACAUACUCUUGGACUUCUAAUGAAGGACCCGCUUCUGGAACCGCUCCCAUUAUCUUCUUCGGCUCACCUCGAACUCAGCGUCUCCUGUGUUCUGGUUGACUUCCUACCAGGAGAGGGUACUCCAUAUUAGGCUUAUUUUUCCUCCAUUCAACACCUUCUGUGAGAACGAAAAGCAAGUUUGGCCAUCUUCCACGCUAAGAGCUUCGGGACAAGAUGGCAGCCACAUACCAAAGCAAAGCGCUGAGCACAAAGACAGGCGACUUUGAGUGUAAAUGCAGCUACUGCCAGUAUCAAGAAGGGGAAAUUUGCCAAAGAAAGUGGAGAAUGCAAGAACACGGUCGCAAGGUGACCUGCAUCGUUUCGGAAUGUCCAGAGAUUGUCAAUAUCCUCGUCAGUCCCAACGAAGAUCUGAUGACUUGCCAUAGAGCAGUCUUAUGCUUCUACUCGGAGUUCUUCGAUGCAGCAUUUUAUGGAGGAUUGAAGGAGGCCACAGAGGGAGUGAUUCGAUUACCAGAAGAGAGUAAAAUCCAAGUAGCUGCAUUUCUGGGCUGGGUCUACUCGGGUCAAAUUCAUAGCGAAGAAAGCGCAGAGGAACUCUGGAUGUUAGGCGACAGACUUCGAAGUCCGGAAUUUGCGAACGAAGCGAUGUAUUUCAUGAUGGAUAUGUAUGGAGCAUCCAGCGUUGAGGGCGGAAGAUGGCUCAGUCCUGCCAGCCUCGAACUUGCUUUCUCUGGAACCAUGGAUGGCUCUAAGCUCCAGUUGUUUGCCCGCGAUCUUAUGAAGACCCAUGGCCCUCUUUGCCCAAGAGCUGUUGAUGAGAAAGCUUGUUUUGAUAGCUCAAAAGCUUACGAGAAAGAUUGGCACGAGUUCAUCAACAAAGGUGGGGAGCUUGCUGUAAUAAUGGCAACAGAAGUGGGCUUCUUCCAUGACUAUAUGGAAUUUGAGAGCGAUGCUCAAUCUGAACCGGCCAAGGCAGCACCAUAUGAAGCACCAAAUCAUGUCAAGUACAUGCUGACCGUAACAUCUCGGGCCCUCGAAGAAUUCGUUCAAGGCAAAAAGAGAUCUCGGGCCCUUUGAGGAAGAAGGGAAUCGACUAUGACAAAGUUGAUUUCUCAGACUUGCUCGGCAGCAGAAGCACCAUUCCGCACUCACAAUACCGUCAAUGACUUUGAAUAUCUGAGAGCCUCUAGUCUAGUCUAUGGCCAAACAUGAUACUCCUUGCUCACACUAAGUCUG